AUGCUGAGCGUCGCGCGGAGGAGCGGAAGAAGCGUCUUCACGCAGACGAAGCGUUUCAUCAGCACAGAAGUGCUCUCCCUGCGCGGCGGCCGCAGCUCCGUGACAGGUGUUGUUGCCACCGUCUUCGGCAGCACGGGGUUUGUUGCAAGAUAUGUUGUUAACAAGCUCGGUAGGGUUGGAACUCAAUGCGUUGUUCCCCACCGCAUUUACAGUGAGGACAGGGGUCGACAUCUCAAGGUUAUGGGGGAUCUUGGUAUGAUCGUACCGAUGCCAUUCCACGCUCGUGAUCCGGAAUCGAUCGCCGAGUGUGUGAAGGAGUCAGAUGUCGUUAUCAACCUUAUGGGCAAGCAGGAGAAGACAUUCAAUUUCGAUUUCUUUGGAUCCAAUGUCGAGGCCGUUUCUACGCUUGCUAAGAUCAGCAAGGAGUGCGGUGUUCCGCGAUUCAUCCACCUGUCGUCGGUUGCAGCAGACGAGCAAUCAGAAUCUACUUGGUUGCGUUGCAAGGCACUCGGCGAGAAGGCAGUGUUGGAUUACUAUCCUAACGCCGCCAUCCUCCGAUCCAACGUCAUCUUCGGCGAGGAGGACAAGUUCCUCAACAACAUGGCCAAGUGGGCUCGAAUCUACGGUUACGUCCCUAUCAUUGGAUCCGGGAAGAACAUCGUUCACCCUAUCUACGUUGAUGACGUGGCUGAGGCCAUCCGCGCUUGUACGUAUGACGACUCCUACGACGGACAAAUCGUCGAGCUCAACGGCCCAGAAGCCUGGACGCUCCCUGAUAUCGCGAACUGGGUGAGAGAAACUUGCUGGAUCGCAGAGACCUCGAGGAUCCGAAGGUUCCCCGACUUGUCGGAAUACCUUCCCGAGUCGUUGAAGCACCUCUCUCCUCACAACAUGGUCGGUGGGAUCACCGACUCCUACCUCGGGCUGUGGCCUAGCGACGUUUUCGGGCCCAUGUCUAUGCUCGGAAUUCGUGGGGACUUCAGGGCUCUCAACUGCAAUAGCUGGACUGUCAACAAGCGUCUACCUCAGAUUGACUCGUUUGACAUCGUGCCAACGAAGUUCACGGAGAUCGCGCCGGAGUAUCUGAGAAACUACCGCCCGGGAGGACAUUUCAGUGUUUUGCACAAGAAGGAGGACGUGCUGUAGAGGAGAGUCGACCUCAGCCAGCAGUCUGCUCCCUUUCUUACGGCCUCCUGUGUCGAAUCAUUGUAUCUGUCGAUAAACUUGUUGCGUGCUUUCAUG